AUGACGUUCGAAUUCCUUGAUGAGGAUGUGUUGUUUCUGAAAGAUUAUUGUAAUAGACCUAGCCCAGAUGAAGGCCCAGAGCCAGGAACGCGAUGGACGCUUGUGUUCAACGGUGCCUCAAAUGCUUUGGGAAAUGGUAUUGGAGCUUUCAUUAGUUCUCCCAUGGGUUUUCAUAUUCCUUUCACUGUCAGAAUUUAUUUUGACUGCAAAAAUAACAUGGCUGAAUAUGAAGCUUGCAUCUAUGGGAUUCAAGCAGCUAUUGACCUGAGAAUCAAAUAUAUAAACAUAUAUGGGGACUCAGCUCUGGUUAUAAGUCAAAUCAAAGGAGAGUGGGAGAGAAGACACCCAAAUAUGAUUCUGUACCGGGAGCAUGUAUUGAAAUUGAUUCCGUAUUUUGAGGAGAUGGCAUUUGACCAUAUCCUGAUUGAAGAGAACCACUUAGCAGAUGCACUGGCUACUAUGGCAUCCAUGUUUAAAGUUAAAUGGGAAAAUGAGGCCCCCUACAUCAGCAUUAUAAGAUUGGAUGAGCCAGCAUUUUUCUAUACUAAUGAUUAA